AUGUCCGUGAUUGAUACAUCGAAGGAUCUCUGCGCUCUGUUCUCAACCCAGGUUGCACGCACUCCAAAUGCCGUUGCCCUGGAGGAUGAGGCAGAGACUUACACUUACAAACAGCUAGCUCACAAAGUCGAUGAGCUAGCAGAACGACUCAGGAAGCACCACAUAAAGCGAGACAGUCUGGUUGGCGUUCUUCUCCCGCGGAGUGCCGAUUAUGUCAUCGCUUGUCUGGCCAGUCUGCAAGCCGGUGGAGCAUUCCUGGUUCUGGAGCUCGCUUACCCGCCGGACUUGCUUGUGGACGUGCUUGAAGAUGCCACCCCGGCAGUGAUAAUCACCAACAGCUCAGCCACUGGCAAGAUCAAGGACGGCACACCGACUAUUGUUCUUGAUGAGGCAAGAGAUCAGCCAAAUGGCCUUUCAAAUGGUGACCGAGCGACCAAUGGCGACCACGACACGAAUGGCACUCAGAACGAGAACGGCUACACAAAUGGCCACACGACUGGAGUUGGCACAGACGAGAAUGAUCUCGAGAGGCUAGCCUUUGUGGCGUACUCUUCCGGGACCACGGGAAAGCCAAAAGGCAUAGCGAAUCCCCAUCGUGCAGCUGUACUUUCCUACGAUCUCAGAUUCCGCGUCUCAGACUCUCAGCCCGGCGACCGCGUGGCUUGCAAUGUCUUCUUCGUCUGGGAGAUCCUUCGCCCACUCUUGAGAGGUGCGACUGUGAUCGCAGUCCCCGACGAAGUGAGCUAUGAUCCCGUAGCUCUGGUAGAUCUGCUUGCAACAAAGAAGACCACGGAGACCCUCAUGACGCCGACUCUGCUUGCUGCUGUGCUUGCUCGAUUUCCAGACAUUGAAUCGCGGCUGGCGGACCUCAGAACGCUGUGGCUCAACGGAGAAGUCGUGACUGCCGAUCUGGCGCGCAGAGCAUCAAAAGCGCUGCCGAAGGUGCGACUUCUCAAUGUGUACAGCGCUUGCGAGACGCACGAAAUCGCUUGCGGAGAUGUCAGGGAAUUGCUGGACGAUGAGGCCACCUACUGCCCAGUCGGGAGACCACUUGAGCCGGAAUAUGUACAUGUGCUCGACGAGGAAGGGAACGAAGUGGAAGCCGGCACAAGUGGCGAGUUAUACGUUGGCGGCGACCUUCUGGCACGAGGCUACCUGAACCGACCAGAGGUGACUGCUAGUGCGUUUCUGCCUGACCGAUUCAACGAAAAGGAUCCGGAAGCGCGGCUAUACCGCACCGGGGAUCUCGCAAUUUUGCACUCCUCUGGCGUACUCGAGAUCACGGGACGAACUGGCAGUAUGAUCAAGCUUCGCGGCUAUUCUGUCGUCCCUGCCAAGGUCGAAGAUACCAUUACGAAGCACCUCAGCGUGAGACACUGUGCUGUGGUCUCUCACGGAGACGGCUUAGACCGCCAGUUGGUCGUAUACUUCGUUCGAGAUGACGAGAUCUCUGGCAGACCACAAGUAGAGACCGACGACCAUGGACACAGCCCAAGCGCGAGGAAAGUGGUGUCAGACUACUUGGCUCAGUACAUGAUUCCCACUCUUUGGGUGGAAAUGGAUGAGCUUCCUACAAACAGUGUGUCUGGCAAGGUAGACCUGAAGAGUCUCCCGCCACCGCCCAUGCCAUCAACCACAAACGGAACGAGCACACCGGAAGAUCCCAUCAGACUCAACGACAUUGCUGAAGUAUGGGCGGCCACGCUUGGCAUCAGCCAGGCAACGCUAAAGCCAGAGCACAGCUUUUUCGACCUAGGUGGCCACAGUCUGUCGCUCGCCGCAUUAGCAUCCAAGCUCUCUCGACGCUUCGGUAUCAGAGUACCAGUCGGACGACUUGCUGAGCCAGCUGACCUCCAAAGUCACCUUCUCACCGUGCGCGAAGUCCGAGACGGUACCAUUGCAGCUGUACAAUCAGAUCUGCCUGCGGCACUGCGCAAAGACUCGUCGUUAGACCGUGAUAUUGAGCCGAAUGGUGCCAAGAUCUGUGCACUCAAAGAUGCGAAGACGAUUCUCCUCACUGGUGCCACGGGCUUCUUGGGCGCUUUCCUGCUGAACGAGCUUCUGGAGGGGACAUCUGCGCAAAUCACCUGUCUUGUACGCUCGCAGGAGCCCUCGGAUGAAGAUAAGCCAGGCUGCACCGCUAGGCUUCGCAAGAAUCUGAUCGAUCUUGGUCUUUGGAGGGACUCGAUUAUGGAGCGUGUUGAGAUUAUUCCUGGAGAUCUGCCUCGCAAGCGCCUUGGUCUUUCCACGGAUGUGUUUGCAGACCUGGCUGGGCGUGUCCAGGUCAUCGUGCAUGCCGCAGCGCAAGUCAACCUCGUCUAUCCAUACGCCGCACUCCGAGGCAGCAACGUCGACGGCACUCGCGAGAUCCUCCGACUCGCAUGCCUUGGCGGCGCGACGGUACAGUACGUCUCCACCAACGGUGUUCUGCCGCCCUCAGAAUCGGGCCACGGCUGGCCUGAAGAUUCGAUGCUCUACGUCGAUGCCGUUCCAGAGAAAAUUCCAGAUGGCUACGGCCAAACAAAGUGGGCAGCAGAGCAACUCGUCCUCGAGGCUGGACGUCGUGGUCUCCCUGUUAGAAUCCUGCGCGCAGGCACGAUCAGCGGUCACAGCUCGAGUGGCUCAGCUAACGCCUGGGAUCUUCUCACUGCUCUCUUCGUGGAAUCGAUUCAUCUCGGCUUCUACCCAGACGUUCCAGGUUGGAGAGCGGAAAUGACACCAGUCGAUUUCGUCAGCAAGGCCAUUGUCCAUCUUGGCAACCAGACCCACGCAAAGCAACUCGUCUUCCACCUCGGCGACCCAGACCCAGUCGAGACCAAGACUGUCUUCCAGCACUUCACCGAACUAGGCUACCCUACCGAGCCCCUUGCCUUUGAUGAGUGGGUCCAACUCUGGCACGACCGCCGCGGCACAGCCAAAGGAGGCGAUGGCGCCUUCACAAUUGACAUCCUCCGCUCCGGCAUGCCUUCCGUAAACUUCCUCCGCGACAUCGUCGUCCUAAACAACGCCCAAACCCGCCCCUUCCGCGCCAUCGUCGAGAGACCCAAGGUCGACGGCGUCCUCCUCGAAACCUACGCCCGCCACUGGUUCGCGCGAGGCUGGAUGAACAAACCACCCUCACGACACACCGCCCUAGGCGGCUCCGCUUUGUCAGUGAAACGAAGCAUCCUCUCCGGCCGCGUCGCUGUCAUCACCGGCGCAUCCUCUGGCAUCGGCGCAGCAGUGGCAGUAGCCCUCGCGCAAGAAGGCUGCCACCUCGUCCUCGCCGCCCGCCGCACCGAUGCCCUCGAAUCUCUCAAGCGCCGCCUCGUAGUGCGUGAGGGCAAGGUAAUAACAAAACGCACCGACGUCACCUCCAAAGCCGACGUCGACGACCUCUUCGCAACUACAGUCCGCGAGCUAGGACCUGUCGACAUUCUCGUAAGUUGUGCUGGCGUCAUGUACUUCACCACCAUGGCCGCCGCCCACACGGACGAAUGGAACACAACCGUCGACGUAAACUGCAAAGGCCUCCUACACUGCCUCGCCGCCACCGUGCCCGCCAUGCUAGCCCGCUACACCACGCACUCCAUCCCGUCCCACAUCAUCGCCAUCUCCUCGGACGCAGGGCGCAAAGUGUUCCCAGGUUUGGGGGUCUACAGUGCCUCCAAGUUCUUCGUGGAAGCGACCCUGCAGGCGCUGAGGCUGGAGACGGCUGGUAAGGGGUUGAGGGUGACGGGCGUCCAGCCGGGGAAUACGCAGACGGAUUUGUUGGGAAUGUCAAGUGAUCAGGAGGCGGUGAAGGCUUAUGGGAUGCCGAGUGGGGCGAAGAUUUUGGAGCCGGCGGAUGUGGCGGGCGCGAUUGUGUUUGCGUUGAAGCAGCCGGAGCAUGUCGCGGUUAAUGAGGUGUUGAUUGAGCCAAGGGAUGAGCCGAUUUGA